AUGGACGAAUUGAGAAAAUCAAAACGAAAGCUGAGUGCUAAGGAAAAGAAGAAACAAGGAGCACAGUACUUGUUUGAAAUCAGAUGUAUAGAGUUCCUUUCCACUUUUUGCCAAAAAACCGGUCAAGAAUCGUAUAUGAAAUCUCUGGUUCAAAUUUACAAAGAGGUUCUCACAACCUGUGAAGAUGAAUAUCUACAUUCGAUUAUUAUACUAGACCUUAAAGAAAUGAAAGUGAAUUCAAAAUCUACUUUUAAGAUUGUUGAAAAAGUUUAUGAGAAUGGUUCUGUAUUGGAAGAAGUUGCAGGUACUUUUUACCAAUUCUGCAAGGCCACUGAAACUGAAGAAUUUGUCACCAAGCCCCAUCUUCUUGGCAAAGACUCAAAAGAGGAAUAUAAGAAGAAGAGAAAUCUCGAACAUGAAAGAAGACUAAAUAUUUUGCGUGUCGUGCGUCAAGGAACUGAAAUGCCAGUUGGAAAGUAUCCAAGCACCAAAAACGAAUUUGCUAUCAACUCUGAGAUUUACAGUAUAUCAGACUUGAAACAAAAGUUACAAAAUUCACUUCCAGCUAUUGAACCAAAGAACCGUUGGGCAUCAUUGGAAAAGGUGCAUGGGGACAAAUUUGAAGAAAUUCAAAAACAGGAGUUAAUCCGUUUUGUUUCAUUAGUGAACCGUUUCAACAUUCUAUCUCUUAGACAUACCAGACCGCUCUCCCAACAUCACAAAACUCAUGAAAUUAUGAAAAUUGACGAUGUCAAGGAUCAUAUUCGAGAAACCUUAACCGAGUAUUGUGCCAAGACGGAUUUUGUUGAAUUCAUUCAACCAGAUAUUCAAGUUUUCAUGGACUAUAUUCAAAACGAUAACAGUUUACGUCUGGAUGAUGCUCUAUUUUUCUUGGCACAAUGUAACGAAGAAAAUAUUAUGAUUGUAGAAAAAUUUUCACACCAAACUUUUUCAAUGAAACCAGUGUAUACCUUCCUUAUUGAUCAAGAUGGCUUUAUUUCACGAAUUCAACAAUUAUUAUUCGACCAUGUGGUUGGACUUGGCACUGAAACACCAGUAGAGAAAGAGAUGAGGUUGCAAGUUGCUCACGAUUGUAUUUACCUUAUUCAACAAAUGUUUUUAGCCAUGACCCGCCACUCAGAAGUUGCUCGUAUCAAAUACCUUCUCACGGAGACCAAGCUGAUAGAAUCCAUGAUCCACUGUUGGAUGCAUGCCAAAGACGAGUUAAUGAUUUGUGAAGGUUUUUCACAGUGUUUUGAAGACAUCAUUGAAAGCAGUGAGAUUGUUCCCAUGAACUUGGUUUUUAAAAAACAAUUCUUAGCACUCCUUAUUGACAUGUUAAGCGUCGCAAAAACCUUACCUGACAGAGAAGAGGAUAAGCCAGAUUUCACCACACUUACUCGAAGUGUGUCCAGUUUACUUUACCGUGUUUCCAUUCCAACUGAAAUUAAUGCUGCUACAGGUAUUUUCCCAAAAAAACAACGAAAAUUAUUGAGUGCCAUAGAAGAAUGUACAAUUUUGGAUGAUCUUUUAGCAGUUAUGGAGCAAAAGAAGUAUUUGAUUGAAGAGCUAUUUUCAUGGAAACUUUCUCAGGAACGAAAGUAUUACCACGAUUGGAUACCUUCACUUGCAACUCUUUUUUCCAAUUGUUCCAGGCAACCUUCAUUAAGAGAGUAUUUUUAUAAGGACAACUUUAAGUAUUCAGAAUUUAUUUUGAAAGAAAUCGUUUUUCCUUUGAGUGAUACUCUGAGCGGAUUUGGUGCAAAGAACUUGCCAGCAGCCAACACACCAGUGUGUUAUGGUUUCAUCAAUUAUCUAUCUAUCAUUAAUCAUUUAUUAUUUGAUCCAGAGCAGAGAGAGAGAUUUUUCUCAGAUCCAGUGAAUCGAACCUCUAAAAAGGGUCAAAAAUUAGAGGACAUGUGUUUCUAUUGGAUGGUUGAAAUGCUGAAACUAUUUAAAGACUCCAGGACAGAGCUCACACAAGCCCAACAAUUUAUUUGGGGAAGAACCUCUUUCUGUGUUUGUUCCAUGGUGUUGCAUGACUCAUUCCGUAAAUAUCUGGUCAGAGACACGAAUUUUGUUGAAAUGUUAAUGGACUUUUUAAAGUCUAGAACGAGUCACUUAUUUAAGGAUAUCAAAAACGCCUGUUGCAGAAUUUUACAAGCCAUCUUGAGAGAUGAAGAGGUCAAGAACAAGCUCAAUGUAAAUGCUCUUCUCAAAUUCAUUGAUUCAGAGAUGAGCUUUGCUCUAGAAUCACCUUUUCCAACAGAAUGCCACCACAAUUAG